AUGAAGUUACUAACCUGGACCGUGCUCCUCAUACCAUUGCUUGGCUGCUGUUUUGCGCUCAGACCACUGAGUCGGAUCCAUUGGUUCGACGUACCAGUAGUUGUUGGAGCCAGUGGACUCCCACGAUGCGCUCAUAACUGUUUGUCUGAUUUGUUUAUGAAAGCCGCCGAAUUCAUUACUCUCAAGGAUCCAAUCGAUAAAUUCAAGGAGCUUUGCACGAUCUACAAUAACGCUUCAUCGUGCGUGGCUGAACAAGAGGAUUGUUUCCGUGGAUCCACAUUUGAAUUCGCUUUUAGAGGAAUUCAUGAACUAUGCAAUGAAAGAGAGGAGGAACUCGAACCGUUUGGAGAGUGCUUGGAGAGGAGAACUGAGGAAUCGUUACAAGUUUGUGAUGAGAUGUGCACAUUCACUGACUCACUGAUCGCUUUAUCGAUGAAAGAAAAUGUGCGACGAAUCGCUCACAUCCGAAGUAACCACGAACUUCUGAUUUGGGAACUGGCGCCUAUCUGCAGCUCGACAGGUUGUAUGGCGGCUUGCCUAGCAGAAGAGUUGAACGCGGAAUGCGGUGAACCAAGCGGAUCAAUAAUUGUGGAAGCGCUUCUCCGACCACUGAUCUCAACUUCGAUCAUCCUAAGGGAACUGGGUCCUCGUGCUAUCUUUGCCGCACAACAGCAACUCCCCGAAGAAUGUUACUAUAUCGUAGAUUUGGUGCAAUUGCAGAAUAUCGUCAAAGGAAUACCACCGGAAUUGGAAGGCAGUGGUGAAGAAGGAAGUGAAGAAGGAAGUGGAGAGGGCAGUGGGGAGGGUAGUGGAGAAGAAGGAAGCGGUGAAGGCAGUGGAGAAGAAGGAAGCGGAGAAGAAGGAAGCGGAGAAGAAGGAAGCGGAGAAGAAGGAAGUGGAGAAGGCAGUGGAGAAGAAGGCAGUGGAGAAGAAGGAAGUGGAGAAGAAGGAAGUGGAGAAGGCAGCGGAGAGCAGAUAAAGCCAAGACCGCAUUGGUUCCUUAGACCUUUUGGUCACCGUCGACGCCAACUCUUCCAUCCUAGACGUCGUGGAUUUGGCAAAUUUAUCCGCAGGCCAUCUGUAUCGAUUGGAGAAGCCGAAGGCAUAGUAGUCAUCGCUGCAGGAUCAGCAAGAGGAGCUCGUACUGGAAGAAGUGCGGAAAAUGAGCAAAAUCGACUGGCAGCUCAGCCCAAACAUGCACCCGCUGUCAGGCAGGAACAUCUGCAAACUGCACCAUCUCAGGAGAAGAAACAACCAAAGAAGGAGUCAAAGAAGCAGAGGCCAGGACAACAACCUGCUCCUCGACCUGGACCACAACCAAAGCCUGCUCCUCAACGGAGGCCAGUGCCGCAGCCUGCUCCACAGCCAAGACCAGUGCCACAGCCUGCUCCACAGCCAAGACCAGUGCCACAGCCUGCUCCACAGCCAAGACCAGUGGCCGAGCCUGCUCCACGGCCAAGACCAGUGCCACAGCCUGCUCCACAGCCAAGACCAGUGCCACAGCCUGCUCCUCAUCCCGGACCACAACCACAACCUGGUCCUCAGCCAAGACCGCAACCACAGCUUGCUCCUCAACCUAGGUCCAUGAUACACCCGGCACCAAUGUUUCAGUCAACUCGACGUGGCUCCAGCGAUAGCCGUGACAGUCGCGGAAGCAGAGAAAGGGACCGCCAUCGUGACAGUCGUGACAGCAGAGAAAUGAAUCGAAGGCGUGGCUGA